UGGCUGGUGAAGCAGUAGACAGUCCCCCCACCGCCCGCCUCCACUUAUUCAAGUGGGACUUGCCUCAAACCUCAACCGGCCCAGUCGAUAAAACCCCCCACCGACCCAGCAUGGAGAUAGUCGCUGCGGCGGAUAGUGACGAGAGAGGACUGUCGCUCCUCAAGGUUGUUAGCGUACUGCAGAAAGUAGUCGUGUUUAUUCACACUUUCACGGCUGACAAGUUUAAAGGUCAUCUGACGAAAGCAACUGAACAUUCUGGAGAGAUGCCGGAUAUGUGUGAGGAAGAUAUUGUCGUUAAGGUGAAAGAGAUCUGCCAGGAGUUGAUAUUAAGUCAGGAAGUACUGGAAGAGGUGUGUGACUGCCUGCAAGAGGAGAUCAACAAAGGCUUGGCCAAAGACUCCAAUCCUGAGGCCACCAUCAAAUGUUUCCCAACUUAUGUCAGAGAACUCCCCAAUGGUAAAGAACAUGGAAGGUUCCUCGCUCUGGACUUGGGAGGAACAAACUUCCGAGUCCUACUUAUUCAACUUGGUGACAAAUGCACCAUGGACAGUAGAAUCUACGCAGUUCCUCAGCCCAUCAUGGUCGGGCCCGGUGAUGGGCUGUUUGGUCACAUAGCAGAUUGUCUUGCAAGUUUCAUCAAGGAACGUAACCUUGGUGAUGAAUUACUGCCUCUGGGCUUCACUUUUAGCUUCCCGUGCAAACAAGAGGGUUUGACAAAAGCCCGGUUAGCACACUGGACCAAAGGCUUUAAAUGUGAGGGUGUCGAGGGACGAGAUGUCGUCGAGUUACUCAAGAAAGCUCUAGCAAAACGAGGGGAUGUGAAAAUCAAGAUUUGUGCAGUUCUAAAUGAUACAACAGGCACACUUAUGUCUUGUGCAUGGAAGAACAGCAACUGUAGAAUUGGUCUCAUUGUUGGUACUGGAACAAAUGCUUGCUACAUGGAAAAGUUAGAAAAGGUGGAACUAUGGGACGGUGCAACUGAUGAACCAAAUCAGGAUGAUGAGCCACAUCGUAAUGUUACGGGGGUAGUGAUCAACACAGAGUGGGGUGCAUUUGGAGACAAUGGUUGUUUGGACUUUGUUCGGACAGAAUAUGACGAUAACAUUGAUAGGGAAUCAAUAAAUCCAGGAAAGCAAUUAUUUGAAAAGAUGAUCAGUGGGAUGUACAUGGGCGAAAUUGCACGGCAAGUUCUCGUUCGACUAGUUUCUGAAGGCCUACUGUUUGGUGGCUACACUUCAGAUUUUCUUCUUGAAAAGGGCUCUUUCUUUACCAAAUACAUCUCUGAAAUUGAAAGUGACAAGGCCGGUGAUUUUAACAAUUGCCGGGCAAUUCUUGAGGAGCUUGGAUUUAACGAUGCUACAGACACUGACUGUGCAAAUGUUCGUCACGUGUGCGAGUGUACCUCAAGGCGAGCCGCUUUUUUAGCUGCUGCGGGUGUUUCUGUUCUACUCAACCGAAUCAACGAGGAGAGCGUCUCUGUGGCCGUUGAUGGGUCUGUUUAUCGCUUCCAUCCACACUUCCAUAACCUAAUGGUGAAGCAAAUCUCACAGCUUAUCAAGCCAGGAAUCAAGUUUGAUCUUAUGCUUUCUGAAGAUGGCAGUGGGCGAGGUGCUGCACUUGUAGCAGCUGUAGCAUCCAGGUCUUCAAUGAGAUAGAUGACAAGUCAGUCAGAAAAAAUAAAAAGGGCCUUUAGAAUACAGUAAUGAGAAAACAGUGACUGAUAGGUGUAUAAUUCUGUUCUCAAGUGAUGAGUCUUUAUGAUUCACUGAUGAAUGUAUAGGCAUCAUCACCAUUGAACGCGACAUCGGUGUGAUGAUUCAGUCGCCAUAAACCUCAAAACAUUUUCUAAACGAGAAAUAUGAUGAUUUAAAUAGUUGCCAAGAAAAUAUUAUAUUACAAAAACUUCAGUCUAUAAUAUUGUUUUUUGUUUAGUAAUGUAAUUUAAAUUUUCUAUUUUUUGUGGGUUUAGAAUAAUAGUCUGAAAUUUCAAUACCAAAUAAAUUUUUCUACGAUCACACGUCAUCAGUGCAAAGAGUAUAUUAUAUUGUAAAUGGCAAAAUGGGCUCCACUGUCUAGUUUAAUUAAUGAGGUUGUUAAUUAUGUUGUUGUUUAAUCGUGUUGAGAGUUAUACUGUACCGUACCACAAGUUUAAUAGACAAUUGUGUUAUUGGCAUAGGUCGAUCACAAUCAGAGCAGACCUAAAACUGUGUAUGUCAAACAGCUUUUAACACUAGCUGUACAUUGUCAGUGUUAGUAUUGAUCACAGUGUUGAUCCAAGUAUUGUUGCAGCCAUAUAUCUCAAGACUGGCAUGAAGCUAAGAUAUAUCCCGUGUGUUUGUGAUAUAGGUUAUUGCAUUUAGAAUCUUUAAAUGAUGCCAGAUUUGUUAUCUGUUUUCUUUAGCACUUGUAUCAUGGCCUUUUUUAUAUGGUAAGAAAUCUAUUCUAUAAUUUAUCUGAUUGUGUAAAUAUGUGAAGUACCCGGUAUAUUAGCAUUUACUUUUAGAUUAUUUUCUCAAGUAUAAUAAUUGAUAAUAUUUUGCCUCAAUACAUUAUAAAAUGUAAAUUAUUAGUUCAAUUGACUCAAGUUUUAGUUGAAGUGCUUGGUAUAUUUUUUAUUUCAAUGUUGACAAGUAGUAUUCCUAAUACAGUAAACCCUUUGAUUAACAGAGUUCAUUUUAAUGGAAUUUCUAUAUAUAAUAGACAGCAAUGUCCUGAUAAAGUAGUGGGAUCAAGUUUGAUAUCCCCUUAUUUCUCAUACAGUGUGUAGUCUUGAGCCCCUUCUGUGUACCAUGGUGUGAGAUUUUAGGACUGGUUUGCCCUGAGAGUUGUACAGUAUACUGAUGACUAAGUGUUGAGAGCAGAUGCCAAUAAAGAGGUAGUGGAGAAAUCUGGGAUGUGCAAGGAUGGAGUGAAGUCAAUGGUUAUGAGAAUUAAUGUGGAAAGAAUAAAAGUGCUGAUAAGCAGUGUGGGCAAAGGACCUAUGGUGGAAAAUAGCCAUGUUCUAUCUGUAAGAAAGGUUUUGGUAGCAAUUCAAUAAUGUACAGUGAGUGUAGUAGAUGGAUACACAAGAAGUACAAUUGUAUAAAUGGUAGAUUGCAGGAUCUUGCUGACUUUAAGUGCACUGUAUGCACAGAUAAUUGUGUGGCUUCAGCAUAGGGAAUAAUGUCCUUGGACUGUGUCAGUGAGUUCUGCUUCCUGGGUGACAUGAUGAUGAGUGCUGGAGGUGGUGCUGAAAUUAGCUCAUUUGCAAGAGUCAGAGGUGACUGGAAGAAGGUAGGGAUCUGUUACCUUUAUUGACAGUGAGAAGGCCUUCUGUUCAUGUAUGAGAAGUGUGACGUUUGGUAGUGAAACAUGGGCAGUUAAAGACGUACUGUAUGUAGGGUUCAGCAAGCUGAAAUCACAAUGAUGACAUGGAUGUGUAAUGUGAUAUUCAAAAAUAAGCAACCCUGAUCAUAGCUGAAAAGGCAGCUGGGUAUUAAGAGUAUAAGUGAGGUUUUCCAUAGAAGUUGGUUGAGAUAGUUUAGGUAUGUGGAAAGACUGGAGGAGACCAACUGGGUCAAGAGAUGGGGGGGAGGAGAGCUAGUGAUGGGCCAAGGAUUACAUAUGGAGAGGCUGUAUGAUAUAACUUUAUAGAUAAUAAACUUUAGAUAUACUCUUGAAGUGCCAUUUUAUAAUAUCAGGUUUAAAGAUUAUUAUGCAAUUUGGUCAUUAUGGUAUAUACUAAGUACUAAAACUUUCAAGUUUAAUUUUCUCACAAAAUAAAAAUGUCCUGAUGUCAACAAUUAUAUAAUGCACAGUUGAGUCUAGGAUUUGGUGACAUGCUUGAAAUAGUAUAUGAUCAUAUUUAAUGGUAAUGAUGAAUUGUAAAUGAUACAAAAGAUAACUUUAUACCUGUAUGUACUAUAAAAAAUGACUGUUGACGCCAUGUGUCCCAUGCAUAUGUUAGUUAAUAAUUAUAGAGAGGGUUGAAUUUUUAUAAAUACAUUUUUUUAUUAAAGCACCAAAUUUUGGUGAUUUUUAUUAGAUUAACUUUUUUUUAAGUGAAUCAGAAAACCUUCUUUGGUUUUCUAUAAAUAAAUAAUAUAAAAUAAUACUAAUAAUUUUUCCAGAAUCUUAAUCUGGAAGGGUGGAUAUUUUUAACAGCCAUUUUUAGUCUAGAUGACCUGAUUCACAACACCAUACACAGUACAGUACACUAGUUCAUCACAAUACUCAAACAUUAAGAAGUAUAAGAAACAUCAGAAAAUAAGGAGUCCCCUUCACACAGGGGAAAAUUUAUUCAAAAUCCAUCAAGAAUUUUUUUUUUUUUUUUUUUUUAAACUGAUGCAACUAUUCAAACUGCUAUGACUAACAGCCUCAAAACCAUCAAACUCCAGUUAUAAACUUUUCCACUUUAGAAUUUCUCCUGGUUAUUUUAAAAGCCUAAGCACUUACAGAUGACACUAACAUGAUCUUAUCCUCACUUGAACUCAUAUUAUGUACAGUAUACCCGACUCAUUAACUAUGAACUCUAGGCCAACAACUACCAAGUUCAUAUUGCCGCGUAACUUGUCUAAAAUCACUAACUUCUUAGCUCGUGUCAUUACCAUCUGAGACAUUUUUGUUUUUGUUCCAUGGUACAAUCAAGGGUGCAAAAUACACUUAUUGGGCAGCUGCAUAGCAGAUUGAGGUCAAUAGUGUGGAUGCCAGUUAGUGAAGGCAAACUUCACACAAGGCCAGUUGUAUGCCAAUUGCAAUUUUAGACUUGUGGAUAUCAUAAUAAAUUUUUAUCUGUAUUUGGUAAAUAAGCACAGCAUUUUUUUUAACAGUGGAUACCAGGUUAAUCAAAUCCAUGUUUGACAAGGUUUAACUAUACAGUACACUGUAUUAUUGAACAACAUAAAAUUAUCAUAACUGAGGUAAUACUGUAUAUUUUAAAUGGCGAAGGAAAGUCUAUUGAUAACUUAAUUUUCCAGUUAAUAGGAACCCACUUCCACCAACUAUCCCAAUAAAGGGUUUACUGUACAGGUAUUUCAAAUAGAGGGAAGUCUUGCUUUAUUGGAAAAAGUUUUUGCAUCAGCUACAGUUUUUUUUAGUUUCCUCUGAAAACGAAGGGUCAUUGACAGAUAAUAAAAGAAACUUUUCUAAAGAGAGAAAAAAUUAUCAUGUAAACAACUUGAUGGAAAAAUUGCAAGAAGGAUGUUAAUAUUGGUGAAUUGUUUUUCCUAUGUACUGUAGUGGUGAUUUAAACCUUUUUUUUUUUGUAGUGGUAGAGGACCAAGUGAUUAGAAUCUUAGUGAAGAUUCUAAUUGCAUAUUAUAUAGGUGACGACAAUAUUAAUUUAAUUUAGUUGUAUUUAUAAUGAGAACUUCAGUCUCCCAUUUACGAUCUUUAUUCUCUUGAUACUGGAGUAGCCACAUUUUUUAUGGCAAUGAGUGACCUGCAAUAUCACCUGCUAGGACAACCCUUAUAAAGCCUCUCUUAUUGUGGAGAGCUUGAUGCAUUCUUGAGGCAAGUAACUGUACUAUUCAUUUGGAUUUGUACAACUAUUGCAUAAACAUCUACUUCUAUAACUAAACCAGGGAUUAUGUAGCAAUUUUUAAACCCAUUCUCGAUGUUUUUGAAAAGCCAGUCAGUUAACAUGUACGUUGCAUUUGGUGACCUCUCCCCACACGCUUUUCAACCCCUUAUUAUCUGUUCAACAAGCAGUGGAUUUUUUCAUUUUUUUUUUUUAAACCACAAUUCUUUCUACACAGCUGCAUUGCUUCUAUCUAGUUAGGGUUUUUUUGUGGCUGAUGUGCCUUAUUGUUAAUUGACUGUGUUACUGUUAACAUUUUAGUAGUGGGACUGAUGUUGUUUCCCAAGUGUAUGUGCUUAAGCCAUGUUCAUCCAGUCAACUAUUCAGUUUUAUGGAAACCUGUAGAAGAUGGUGGGCCGUGUCUCCCUCUCAGUGAGUGACGCAGUUCAUUUGUCCGAGUGUUUUAAUGAUCUUGAGUGUGAGAGGUGAGGUCGUGCUGCACCAGAGGGAGGACUCGCAUGAAGGACACAGUAAAUCAGGAGGGGCGGGUUUAAUACACUAUAUUUAUCCAAAUCAAUGUAAACUUAUGUAUAUAAACCAAUUCAUUAAGAUAAAUAAAAUAAGCUUAUAAAAAAUUCAUAAAUGAAGUACAGUACUAUAUAGAUAUACAAAUAAUAUGGUAUCUGUAUAUGAGGAAGCAUGAUAACAUCCUUGACUUUAAUAUAUGUUAUAAGAACUUGUAACAUGGAGAAAUACCUGUAGUAACUAAGCAUGGAGAAUAGGAUUAGCUUCUCAGUGUACCUAUAAUGUUAGCUUUUAUUUAGUUCACUCAACCCUUUAAUAUUUUAUUCAACUAAUAGCAGAACUAUAAACUCAUUAAAUUAAUUUCCAGUUUGUGAUAUCCAACAAGAAAGAAACAUAUGAUGUGGAGGGUGGCGGCAGUAUAGGUCUAUAUUAAUUAUUAUAACUAAAACUUAACUCUGUAAGCAAAUAAAUCAUAAAUAAGGCUGUGAUAUAUUAGUAAAGUGAAGUGUUAUAUUUCUGAAUGGUCAGGGAAAAUUCAGAUACAUGUACAGUACUAAAAUAAAAGUGAAUCUCAUGUUUUGAAUUGUGCAACCAACAGAGUGGCAAGACCUGCCACACAGAACUGUCUGCAGUCAGAACUAAAACCUACAACUAAACCCUGAACCCCUUCCUGAGAUAACAGAACCAUACAUUAUGCUAUAUCUUAGUAUUGAAACCAGAUUUUUCCUCAUUCUUAUUGAUAUUUAUACAAUACAGCCUUGAGAAUCCAAAAUGUUCAAAAUAGGACCCUAUAAGAUUUCCAAUUGUUCCAGAUAUCUUCAUGUACAGAAAUCCCUCACCAACCAUGGGUUUACCAAACGUGUACAGUUUUUGUUACACCUUUUACCAACCACAGUGUCCAGUUAUAAGUAUGCAGGCGUUUCUACAGCUUAUUUUUUUUAUCAUCUACCACGCCUAGGUUCUUAUCUUUCUCUAACCUCUUAAUGUUAAUUGUUUAUUUUUAUCCUUUGUACAGUAUUACAGUGUGUGUGUGUGUGUGCUAUAUGUCCUGGCAAUAGUCAUGACUUAACAGUAACACUCUCAGGAGGGAGGCAGCCACACCCCAUGUGGUCUGGAUGUACCCACCCUGCUCAAUGAGUCAUACAUACUGUACAGUAAUACUGUACAUACCAGAAUAGAUUUUUUAUUUUACCUGAUUAAAGGGAAAUUAAUUCAUCCAAAACAUGUUAAACUUUUGUUGUAGAAUAAAUAUUUAUUUGAAAUUUUGUGAUGAAAGGAAAAUUCUUUAGAUUUUACACUUUUCUAUUGCAAUUUUUUGUUUUUUUAAUUACAAUGUAACCAAAAUGCAUAAGGGAGCAGUGUUGCUAGGGAAAACGUUGAGGCCAGUUACUAUACCUUUUUAUAAGUUUGUUUUAUAACCUGCACAGUAUUUUUGUACAGUAAAAUAAAAAAGAAUAAUGUACAGCAGA